AGUGUACUGUUUCCUCUGAUUCCCAUGUAAUACAGAAGACUGUGAGCAAGAACCAUGGCUUCUGAGUUAGAGAAUCUAAAUCCAAGUGCCCGAAUAAUGACAUUCCAUCCAACUACAGAAGAGUUCAAGAACUUCAGUCGUUACAUUGCAUACAUAGAAUCCCAAGGAGCCCACAGAGCUGGACUGGCAAAGGUCGUUCCUCCAAAGGAAUGGAAACCACGUGCUUGCUAUGAUGAUAUUGAUGAGCUAAUCAUCCCUGCUCCCAUUCAGCAAGUGGUUACUGGCCAGUCAGGACUUUUCACACAAUAUAACAUCCAGAAGAAAGCUAUGAAUGUUCGCGAGUUCAGAAGGAUAGCAAAUAGUGAUAAGUUCUGCACACCUCGUUAUACUGAAUUUGAAGACCUUGAACGCAAGUACUGGAAGAAUCUCACAUUUAAUCCCCCGAUCUAUGGUGCUGAUGUUAAUGGCACACUCUAUGACAAGCAUGUAGAUGAGUGGAAUAUUGGGCAUCUGAAUACAAUACUGGAUAUAGUAGAGAAUGAGAGUGGCAUUACCAUUGAGGGAGUGAAUACUCCUUAUCUCUAUUUUGGGAUGUGGAAAACUUCCUUUGCUUGGCACACUGAGGAUAUGGAUCUCUACAGCAUCAACUAUCUGCAUUUUGGAGAACCUAAAUCAUGGUAUUCCAUUCCUCCAGAACACGGGAAGCGGCUAGAACGCCUUGCUAAAGGGUUCUUUCCUGGAAGUGCCCAGAGUUGCGAAGCUUUCCUGCGUCAUAAGAUGACUCUGAUCUCUCCAUCGAUACUGAAGAAAUAUGGCAUUCCAUUUGAUAAAGUGACCCAAGAGGCAGGUGAAUUCAUGAUAACGUUUCCUUAUGGAUAUCAUGCUGGCUUCAAUCAUGGAUUCAACUGUGCUGAAUCUACUAACUUUGCCACUCUUCGGUGGAUUGAGUAUGGAAAACAGUCUAUUCUGUGUUCAUGCCGAAAAGACAUGGUCAAAAUUUCCAUGGAUGUUUUUGUGAGAAAAUAUCAGCCAGAUCGCUACAAGCUGUGGAAGGCAGGGAAAGAUGUGACCAUCAUUGAUCACACUCUUCCAACACCAGAGGCAGCGGAGUUUUUCAAAGAAGACCUCCUCCAGAAAGUUGGGAAGCAACAUCAUGAGGAAACUGAACCAGAAGAAGAAUGCAAAUCAGAUACAGACACAGAUGAGAACAGGAACUUGCCCAAGCACCGCAUUGGAACCAAGCGUCACCGUGUCUGCUUGGAAGUGCCCCAAGAGGUGAGCCAAAGUGAGGCCUUCCCCAAGGAAGAGCUGGUUCCAGUACAGUUUGAGAUGGAAGUGGCAGAGCCUCCUGUUGGACCUGCUAGAGAGCCAGUGCAGCAAGGUGACCAAGGACUGGCACCUUCAGAAUAUGCAGAUUUCUCAGAAGUAAAGUUUGAAGAACUAAAAACUGUGAAAUUAGAUGAAGAGGAAGAAGAGCCUGAAGCAGCUGUUUUGGAUCUUUCAGUUUCUCACUCAAUGACUUCCACUUUGGCCCAGUCAACUCUGAAACAGAGUCCUGUCUCCAGCCUUCAUUCUGGCUCUCCAUUUUGUUCCGGUUCUUCGGAUUGUGAACCCACUGACCUUCCCAGGCAGGCUUUUGAGCAAGCUGAGGUGCUGACUGUACAUAGCUAUGCUAAAGAAGAAGCAAAUGGCAUGGACAAUGGGCAAACCUCUGGGAAGAAAGCCAGUGCUACAGCAAGCGUGAAUGAACAGGAACUUGCAAAGAUGGCAAAGGAGUACAUAAGGUCAGUGAAAGAUCGCAAGAAGUCAAAAGGGCGUCGCCAGCCUUUGAGCAAACUCCCACGUCAUCACCCACUAUUGAUGAAAGAUGGCUUCAGUGAUGAUGAGAUGUCAGAGCAACUGGCACCAGAAGAAGAAAUUGAGGAAACGGAACCAUGGGCAAAGCCUCUCAGUCAGUUAUGGCAAAAUCGCCCUCCAAACUUUGAGGCAGAAAAGGAGUAUAAUGCAGCUAUGGCUCAGCAGGCUCCCUACUGUGCAGUCUGCAUGCUCUUCCAGACCUACCAGGCAGAUUGUGGAAGCCAGAGCUCUCAAGCAGCUCCAAAUGCUGCUGAUGGAAAGAUGAGAACAAAACCUCUGAUUCCUGAGAUGUGCUUUACUACCACUGGCUGCAGCACGGAUGUCAGUCUUUCCACACCUUACUUGGAGGAAGAUGGAACCAGCCUUUUGAUCACUUGCAAGUGUUGUCGGGUCUGCGUGCAUGCCAGUUGUUAUGGCGUAGCACCUGAGAAGGCAUCUGAGGACUGGAAGUGUUCCCGAUGCAAAGCUAAUGCUUUAGAGGAGGAUUGCUGUCUGUGCUCACUUCGAGGAGGUGCACUUCAAAAAGCCAAUGAUAACAAGUGGGUCCAUGUUAUGUGUGCGGUGGCAGUUCUGGAGGCCAAGUUUGUGAACAUUGCAGAUCGUAGCCCAGUAGAUGUCAGCAAGAUACCUCUGCAGCGCUUUCGACUGAAAUGUGUCUUCUGCAAAAAACGGCGGAAGAGAAUUGCUGGCUGCUGUGUGCAGUGCUCUCAUGGCCGAUGCCCUACAUCCUUCCACGUUAGCUGUGCUCAAGCAGCUGGAGUCAUGAUGCAGCCAGAUGACUGGCCUUUUGUGGUCUUCAUUACAUGUUUCAGGCAUAAGAUCCCAUCCCAAGCUGAGCGAGCCAAGGCUGCUCUGCAGGAUCUGACUGUGGGGCAGGCAGUGAUCAGCAAGCACAAGAAUGGGCGUUUCUACCAAUGUGAGGUGGUCAAUCUGACCAAGGAAACCUUUUAUGAGGUCAACUUUGAUGAUGGAUCCUUCAGCGAUAACCUGUAUCCAGAAGACAUUGUGAGUCAAGAUUGUCUCCAGCUGGGUCCCCCAUCCGAAGGAGAUGUUGUUCAAGUGAGAUGGACAGAUGGUCAGGUUUAUGGGGCCACAUUUGUGGCCUCACAUGUCAUCCAGAUGUACCAGGUGGAGUUUGAAGAUGGAUCCCAGUUGAUGGCAAAGAGGGAUGAUGUGUACACACUUGAUGAAGAGCUUCCCAAGAGGGUCAAAUCAAGGCUGUCUGUUGCCUCUGACAUGCGUUUCACAGAGAUCUUCACAGAGAAGGAGGUCAAACAAGAGAGAAAAAGACAGAGGGUGAUCAACUCACGCUACCGUGAGGAUUACAUUGAGCCUGCACUGUACCGGGCCAUUAUGGAGUAACAGCUGGCAACAGGGUUGGUUGUGCCCACUUCCUAGGUGGAUCCUAGCACUCCAGGACAGCAGAGGCCAAACAGACUGUCUUCACAUCCAGUUUUUUUUAAUGAAACAAAUUUAUUCUGCAGCAGCUGGAAGAUGGUUGUUGAAUCAUGAAGCACUCUGCUUUGCUGCCCUAAAUGUGGCAGCUAACAAGCCUGGAAUUGGGGAGCACAUCUCUUACUUUCUGAACCAGCUGGCCUAUAUCAGCCUGAAGGAUCUACCUUUGACAGCAAGUUUCUUCAUGUAGUGCCAGAGGCAAAUCUUCUCCAUGCCAUCCCAAGAAGUAACCCAGGCAGCUGCAAUGCUUUGAAUGAACUCCCACUUCUCUCCUGGAUAAAAUGUCUGGUCUGGGAGCAUUUCCCAGCUCACCAUGCCUGCACAAAGCUGGCAAUGUUACUGGUGCUUGACAGUGAAUUCCCUUUUUAUAUUUAUAACCCCGUUUUUGUCAUGAGUGGCUUCAGAUACGUGUUUUUUCAGCACCUCUCUGAGGCAGAACCAAGUGGGCUGAAGAAGGGAGAAUGAAACUGAGUCCCCUUUAGUCCCAACUUCUUGAACUUUUGAUUAAGUUUUUGUCCCUAUUUUGUACUCAGAGACUUAUUUACUCAUGCGUUUAAUUGUAAUAGUAAUGUGCCUAUGUAAUAGGAAACUAUUUGGAGCCAUUUAGCACCAUGCAUUCCUCAGGCAAGAAAAUCCUGGGACAUACCCUCAUUAAGGCAAUAAGGACUGCAAGGAUUCCAGGCCUCUUUUCUGCCUGGGUGGUAAAGAAGACAGACCCAAAAGUAUAGCAAGAAUGCUUUGGAAAAUGGUCACAGUUUUAUAUCACUGAAAGUGGCUCUGGCUUUUGCAGUGUCUUGAGUACAACUAGAGUAUUCAUAAAAUCACUUGUUAAUGGUCAAUGUUACUGGUAUUUCCAUUGUGAGUCUUGUGCUGCCUUUUUACCACAACAUGUGCAGGUUCAAGUAGCAUCAGACCAUUUGCAUAUUUAGUCCUGAGCUUUGGGAGGAAAUGUGAAAGAUUAAGAACAUGAUUUUGAUGGGACAACCUUCCUACUGUAAUCCAUGGAGGCAACUUCCAUUCAGAUGUAUUUUUUUUUAAAAGAGUGUAGCUUUGUAGACUACAGCCAUAUCACCCUGGAUGUGCCCAUUGCAUUUUAUCUUGGAAGAAAAUGUACCCUUGUUAUCACUGGUUACUCUAGCAAAGAGUGUCAUGCGCUUGCCCUCUCUCCAGCUUUUUCUGUUGCUGCACAAAUAUGCUGCAUAGCAGACUUUUUGUCUCACAGUAGACCAAACUUUGUAUAAAAGAAGUUUACUGUUUCUAGAUCUGCCAUACAGCAUACAUUGCAAAUCUUUUAUAGUAAUUAGAUUACGCAAAUUAUAGUAAUUAAUUGAUCCAAAUUUUGACCAGAUAGUUCUUUAGUCAAGAGGCAUGCAAAGUAUUAAGGCUUUUUCUUGCCUCUCCUGUUUUUUGCUAUUAGCUGGAAUCCCAAGACAACCCAGAACAGGAGGAGAGAUGCAGACCUUGAUAAUCAGUGUUAAACUGUUCUGCCUGUCAAUGUAGAGUUAAAACUGAACAACAUCCCUAGGUGUGAGUUGGUGUCUUCUGCAAACAGUGUAUUUAAGAACACAGUGUAUUUAAGAACUCUCUCAUAAUAGGGUUUGUAAACAUACCUGAACAUCACAAUAGCAGUUGCAGACGUGGCUGGGAGAGUUUCACUUUUUUGUCUUUCCUUCUAAAGGCUGUACCCCUCCCUAAAUGUGAAUCUGCGUCUGGAGGGACACUUUAGAAUUCCUUGGACAUCCACAUACCCCAUUUUCUUCUCUUUCCUUGUCAAGUAGCUAGUGCCAUGUGACAAGGAAGGUGUAAUGUUUAUAAAAUACAAAAACAAAUUGGAGCUUUGGUGUUAGGCAAAACCACCUGUGGGUGAACUAUUAUUUUGUCUGUCAGUAUUCCUUGAUUCCCUCAGGUAUGAUUUCCCCCACCCUCCCCUGUAGCUAUCACAGGUAGUAUUUCCUGCAUCCUGUGUCAGGAAGGAUUCUUUGCUUGGACUCCUUACUGGGCAGUAUUCCUCUGUGUAACAUAAUGUGUAUUUGAGCCCUUAUGGUGGUUUGAUUUGCAUAUAGCUUGCUAACAUAUACUCUUCAGCAUCAGGUAUCGAUCUUGAGACCAUGAAAACCAAAUCAAACACGGAAGACUCCCCCCACCUCAUGUUUUUAUUCUGAAAUGUCUUCUAAUUUAAAAUUAAAUCUAGAAAGUAUAUUUCACAAGAUAAAAAUGUUCUUAAACUGUAAAUGGGAAUUCAGAGUCUUUCUGGAGUUUUUUGUAUGAAUCAUGGUGGGCUGAGUAUAUCAGUGUUUCUCUGAAAAUGGCUCUUCUCAUUCCAGACUGUGGGGAAAGGUGGUAUUAUAAUAACAAGAUCAAUUUAAACCUAAAUACUUAAUGUAUUAACAAUAUGCAAUGGCUUAUACGUAGUGUCUAAAUUGGCACAUCUUAUGAAGAUUUGCAUUUAUUCUGAACAGUGUCCAGAAUUUAUCCAAAGCAUUCUUUCCUCCGUUGUACCUUUUUUUUUCUCAGUUGUAUACAUAUGGCUUUAGUUAGCAUCAGUGAACUGCAUUUUAUCUUGAUUUAUGCUGGGAAAUAAGUCAAAUUGGCAAAGCAAGUGUUUUGCCCCUUGGACUGAUGACUUCAUUAUUUUGUAUCUGUUGAUGCAAUAAUUGGGGAAAACCCCAUCCACCCUAUUGAUAUUUUAAUAGGCUUCUGAGGAGUUAAACUCCACUUCUCCCCAACUUCAAAUACAGAUCUCUGUAUUAGCAGCAGACUGGACUAUACAAUAUGGACACAAUCUGCUAAUUGCUCCAGAAUCUGACCUGUCUGCAGUUGUACUGAUUUUUGGAAUCCCAAUGUGGGAUGGAUACAAAUAGGCAGCUUUAUGUAUUGUUUUCAACCUGAUCUAGUAAUAUAAUUUUGAACUAGACUCAACUGAUUAAAUCUGAAGCGCUUUAACUUUUAAA